AUGGCCACCUCCAAACGUAGAGGGAAUUUGUUCAAGAAAGCUACUGAACUUUCAACCUUAUGCGGGGCACGAGUCGCCAUUGUUACUAUCUCAGAGAAGGGGAAAGUAUCCAUGUUUCCGAAUUCGGAUACCGUUAUCCAUCGUUAUGUUACACGAAAAGGCUCUUUGAAAUCAACUUCUGGUAAUGGGAUGAUGAAGUUGCGGAAGAAGCAACAUGUGGAAGGGGCAAAGAAGGAAGCAGUUAAGAAGGCUGAGAUGAAAGAGUUGAUGAACAAUCAAUCGGCAGAGAAAGCUGUUGGUGUUGAUAUUGCCACUCCUGUUGACCUUAGAAGCCAAUGGCCUGGUGUCACCUGCGCAGCAGAAUGGAGCUCCUCGAUUGCAGAUGUUAUAUUGAACUCACGUUCAGAUAUGGGUAGCAGAAAAUUCUGA